GUUCUCUCUGAGAUAAGAUUUCCUCAUUUCAACUCUGUGCCGCCACUCCAGGCGUGUUAAACACAACAGUCUGGCGAGGACUCAGAGCUGCGAGGAGCUUUUUUUUUUCUGGUGCUCCACCAAAACAGUUCCUUUACGGUGGAUUUAAAGUGUUUUUCCAAGUGCUAUGGAGGCUAGAGGGGUUUGGUUGAUGUUUUGCCUUCUACUGCUGGCACACUGUGCACUCCAGCAGACCACCUCAAAGAAAAGAAAUGGGAAAAAAGACUCUACAACCAAUGCUGCAAUUGAGGAGCUGAAGAAACAGAUCGAUGACAUUGUUCAGGAGCUGAAUUUGUUGAAAGAGCAGCAGGCUUUACAAACAGUUUGUCUGAGAGGCACAAAGAUCCUCGGCAAGUGUUUCCUGGCUGAUCCGGUGAAGAAGACUUUCCACGCAGCCAGUGAUGACUGCAUCGCGAAAGGAGGCAGCCUGAGCACUCCUCUGACAGGAGACGAGAACGACCAGCUCUACAGCUACGUCCGCCAGAGCAUCGGCCCGGAGGAGCAAAUCUGGCUGGGCAUCAACGACAUGGUGACCGACGGCCAGUGGGUGGACCAAUCGGGUACCAACGUGCGCUUCAAGAAUUGGGAGACAGAGAUCACCCUGCAGCCAGACGGAGGGCGCAGCCAUAACUGUGCCAUCCUCUCCACCACAGCCAACGGGAAGUGGUUUGAUGAGAGCUGCAGAGCUGAAAAGGCCUCGGUGUGUGAGUUCAACAUCGUGUGAGAGAAGCUUUCUGACCUUAACGUGACACUGCGCAGACAAACACCCGCGUUAACAGUAAACAAUGAAACACGCAGAGCAUUUGGAUGCUAUCAGGUACAAUUACACAAUACGUUGAAAAAAAUAAUGUGCUGCAUCUUUCUUACGCUCACAUUUUCUUGACCAAGCCAUUCAGAUGUCGGUUGACGUCACACAGUGGUCUGGGAUACACUAUGUCAUUAUAUAAGCUAAACUCACUGGCACAUUAUAUUAUACAUGCAUUCAGUAAACUUCGUGUUUUCAAAUACUGCAGUAUAUUUUAGAACAUGUCAGAUAUUCAUGGAGGUAAUCACCACUGGAUGGCUAGUCUUUGCUGUAUGUAUUUUCUAUAGCAUCUGCUAAUAAAUGCCAUGAGAACCUUUUCUAUGGCACUCUCUUUAUGUUAAUUUCUGAAUGUAAAAUCCUUCUGUUUAUAUGACAUUAUAUAAUGUUAAUAAACAUGUCU